AUAACUUUCUCUGCCCUGAGAAUGUAAAAUGGAUCCCGAAGAGAAGAAGCUACUGCAUGACUACAGGUACAAGAGCUACUCAUCCGGGAUUGAAAAGGCCUUAAAAAACUUCGAGUCCUCCAGUGAGUGGGCGGAUCUCAUCUCCUCCCUGGGCAAGCUGAACAAGGCUCUCCAGAGCAACCUGAACUAUUCCUUACUGCCAAGCCGGUUCAUCAUCAGCAAGCGGCUGGCCCAGUGCCUGCACCCGGCGCUGCCCAGCGGGGUGCACCUGAAGGCCCUGGAGACUUAUGAGAUAAUCUUCAAAAUCGUGGGCACCAAAUGGCUGGCCAGGGAUCUGUUCCUCUACAGCUGCGGGCUGUUCCCGCUCCUGGCGAACGCGGCCAUGUCGGUGAGGCCCGCGCUGCUCAACCUGUACGAGACGUACUUUCUCCCGCUGAAGAAGCUGCUGCUGCCCAGCCUGCAGGCCUUCAUCAUGGGGCUGCUGCCUGGCCUGGAGGAGGGGCCCCCUCUCGCCCACAGAACAGACAACCUGCUGCUGCGGCUGUCCCAGGUGGUGGGCAAGGAGGUGUUCUACGCGGCCCUCUGGGGGAGCGUGCUGCUGAGCCCGGCCGUCCGCCUCCCCGCCUCGCUCUUCGUGGUGAGCCACAUCCGCAGGGACCUGCCGGGCAAGGGGCAGAAGCACAUGCUGGGGACGGACCACCAGCUCACGGUCAAGUCCUUAUGUGUGUCGCUCUUGGACUCAAAUGCUCUGGUGCAAAGAAACAGCCUGGAGAUUGUCCUGUUCUUCUUCCCAUUUUACACCUGUCUGGAUCCGGCGGAGCGCGCCAUCCCCCUGCCGCGGCCCCGCAUCGUGCGUCUUCUGGCUGCCGCCACCCAGACCCUGCUGCGAAGGGACAUGUCUCUCAACCGGAGGCUUUACGCCUGGCUGCUAGGUUCCGACAUCAAGGGAAACACAGUGGUGCCGGAAUCGGAGAUCGCAGACUCUUAUGAAGACCAGUCCGUGUAUUUUUUUGAAAAAUAUUCCAAGGACCUUCUAGUUGAGAGCCUGGCCGAGCUGCUGCACCAGGAGGUCCCGCAGGCCGACGGCGACGAGCGCCUGCACGCCUACCUGCGGCCCUUCCGCAUCCUCGUCAGCCUGCUCGACAAGCCGGAAAUAGGGCCUCAGGUGGUGGAGAUCUUGUUUCUUGAGAUCCUCCGGGCCUUCUAUUCUUACUGCAGCGACGCGCUGGGCUCCGACCUGAAGCUGAGCUACACUCAGGGUGGAAAUUCGCUGAUAAGCACAAUAAAAGAGAACAGGAAUGCUUCUGAGAUCGUGAAAACAGUGAACUUGCUGAUCACUUCCCUGCGCACAGACUUCCUGUGGGACUACCUGACGCGGUCUUUCGAGGACUGCUUCAGGCCAGAGAGGCAGAACCACCCCGCUGGGAAGAGCGUCGGCCCGCCCCCGACCGUCCCCGAGCUCUGCACCCUCCUUGUGUUCCUCCUGGACGUGAUUCCCUUGGAGCUGUAUUCGGAGGUGCAGACGCAGUACCUGCCGCAGGUGCUGGGGGGCCUGGUGCAGCCGCUGUCGGAGCACACGGAUGCCCUGAGCCUGCCUGAGCUCACGCAGGCCCUGCGGAUGUGCUUCAGGGUGCUGAGCAGAGUGCAGCUGCCACCCUCCUACCUGGACACAGAGGCCCCCAGCCAAGGCUCGAGUCCAGUGAAAGGCGAAACCACUGGGACCUUCUCAGACACCCGGGCGGUGACUCCUGGCGACGAAGACCCCCCUUUCCCGCCCCUUAAAUCCGAGGACAGUGGGAUCGGGCUGAGCGCCUCGUCGCCGGAGCUGUCCGAGCACCUGCGGGUCCCCAGGGUGUCUCCCGACAAGGAUGACGUCUGGAAGAAGGCUGGGAGCAUGCAGAGGACGUUUGUGUGCAUCCAAGAGCUGGUCGCCAAUUUCGCCCACAGGAACAUUUUCGGAGUGCAGCUCGCGGCGGCGGGGGAAGCAGGCAAGCCCGAAGAGCCCGCUGGCCCGCGGGACGCAGGCGCAACGCCGGGCGUGGCGGCGGGGGACUCUGGCAGGAAGAACUCGUGGGACGCCCGGCCCCUCAGUGUGCCCCAGCUGAAGCAGCUGCUCUCAGACCUGUUCACGGUUCGAGGGUCUCCAUUUAAGCCCAAGAGUGCGGAUUCACUGUCGCCUCUGCCCAGCAGCCCUGGCAGGAAGCCGGAGGGCGAGUGGGCCGUGCAGCAGGUGGCCAUCGACGGAGGCUCGAGGGAGGGCUGCCGGGAGGCCUUCGCCGCCGCCUGCCACCUGCUGCUGGACUGCGCCACCUUCCCCGUCUACCUGUCGGAGGAGGAGACCGAGCAGCUCUGUGAAACGCUCUUCCAGCCUCAGGGAGCCAGCGACCCCAGCUUCCCGUCCUGGCUGAGGUCCCUGAUGACCAUCUGCUGCUGUGUGCCCGACUGCUACCUCCAGAACGUGGCCAUCUCCACCCUGCUGGAGGUCGUCAACCACUCCCAGUCCCUCGCGCUUGUCAUCGAAGACAAGAUGAAGCGCUACAGAAGCUCCGGACACAACCCGUUCUUUGGCAGGCUGCAGAUGGUCACGGUGCCCCCCAUUGCCCCGGCGGUGCUGAAAGUGAUUGCAGAGAAAACAGACUUCUAUCAGAGGGUGGCCCGUGUGCUGUGGAAUCAGCUGAACAAGGAGACCCGGGAGCAUCACAUCACCUGCGUGGACCUGUUCUACCGGCUGCACUGCCUGGCCCCCACGGCCAACAUCUGCGAGGACAUCAUCUGUCAGGCCCUCCAGGACCCUGACAAGGGCACGAGACUGGAAGCUCUGUUCAGGUUUUCCGUCAUCUGGCACUUGACGAGGGAGAUCCAAGGCAGCCGAGUCACCUCCCACAACCGCUCCUUUGACAGGUCCCUGUUCGUCGUGCUGGACAGCCUGACCUGCACGGACGGGGCCAUCGGCGCGGCCGCCCAGGGCUGGCUGCUGCGAGCGCUGUCCCUGCACGACGUGGCGCGCAUCCUGGAGCCCGUGCUGCUGCUGCUGCUGCAGCCCAAGACCCAGAGGACCGCCGUCCAGUGCCUGAAGCAGGAGCACACGGCGGAAGACUUGCAUCGCUGGUUCACCAGAAAGAAAACCUCUUUCAAGGAGGCGUGUGUUGCCCCCGAGCUCCAGGAGGGCGGCUCGGAGGAAAGCCUGCCCCCGAGCCAGCUCACCACCGUGGACCGCGAGGCCAUCUGGGCUGAGGUGGAGCAGGAGCCGGAGGGCGGCCCUCCAGGAGGCGAGCUGGGCGAGGGGGGCCUUCCUGACCCCGUGGGCCCGCACGAGCGGCCGGCCGGUGGCAGCGCCCUGGACAGCAGUGAGCACAGCGAGUCUGCCGACACCAGCCCCGUGCACACGGACAGCGAGAGCACCUCCUCCUUCUCCUCCCCCUCCCACGACACGCAGGAGCCGAGCCUGGAGGAGCAGUGCUGUGGGCCCCUCCCUGUGAGGGGCCUGGCUCAGCCCAAGCGCCCCGCCCUGCUGGCUGCCUGCCAGGCAGACGGCCUCCAGCCCCGCGCCAGCUUGAGCCUGAGGCGCGUGGACUCGGACAAGACGCAGGCCUCGGAGUCGCUGUCCAGCGACGAGGAGGCCGACCUGGAGCUGCAGGCGCUGUGCGUGUCCCGGCAGCUGAAGCAGCAGCAGGAGCAGCGGGCGACGGUGGAGGCCCUGUUCAAGCACAUCCUGCUGUACCUGCAGCCCUACGACUCGGGGCGCGUGCUGUACGCCCUCUCGGUGCUGGGGGCCGUGCUCAAGACCAACCCCAGGGAGUUCAUCGAGGCCGUGUCGCGGACCAGCAUGGACACCAGCUCCACCGCGCACCUCAACCUCAUCUCCAACCUGCUGGCCCGCCACCAGGAGGCGCUGGCGGGGCAGAGCUUCUACGGGAAGCUGCAGCCCCAGUCCCCCAACGUGUGCCCCCACUCCCUGCUCAUCGAGCUGCUCACCUACCUGUGCCUGAGCUUCCUGCGCAGCUACUACCCCUGCUACCUGAAGGUCUCCCACCGAGACAUCCUCGGUAACCGCGACGUCCAGGUCAAGAGCGUGGAGGUCUUGGUCAGGAUCAUGACGCAGCUGGUCUCGGUGGCCAAGUCCGCCGAAGGGAGGGCCGCGGAGUCCAUCCGCAGCCUGCUGCAGAGGUGCAGGGUGCAGGAGUACGUGCUGCUCUCUCUGUCGGCGUCCAUGUACACCAGCCAGAAGCGCUACGGGCUGGCCACGGCCGAGCGGGGCCGGGCCCCGCGGGAGGACAGGCUCUUCGAGGAGAGUCUCAUCAACCUGGGCCAGGACCAGAUCUGGAGCGAGCACCCCCUGCAGAUCGAGCUGCUCAAGCUCCUGCAGGUGCUCAUCGUCCUGGAGCACCACCUGGGGCAGGCCCAGGAGGAGGCCGAGAAUCAGCCCGAGCUGACCCGGGAGUGGCGGAAGGCCCUGAACUUCCAGCAGGCCAUCGGCGCCAUGCAGUACGUGCAGCCGCACCCCCUGACCUCGCAGGGGCUGCUGGUGUCGGCCGUGGUGCGAGGGCUGCAGCCGGCCUACGGCUACGGCAUGCACCCGGCCUGGGUGGGCCUGGUCACGCAGUCCCUGCCCUACUUCGGGAAGUCACUGGGCUGGACGGUGACCCCCUUCGUGGUCCAGAUUUGCAAAAACUUGGAUGACCUGGUCAAGCAGUACGAAAGCGAGACUGAGAAGCUCCCUGCCAGCGUGACCUCCAAGAGAGAGAACAUCUCUCCAGAUUACCCGCUCACUCUUUUGGAAGGUCUGACGAGCAUCAGUCAUUUUUGCCUUUUGGAACAACCCAGCCAAAACAAAAAGAUCAUACGACAAAAAAUUUUGGAUUUCUUGAACCCCCUGACAGCCCCUCUUGGGGCUCCGUUAAUAGCCGCAGUGGCAGCCGUGUGGAGCAGAAAGAAAGCCAAACGUCACAGCAGGGCGAAGCUUAGAAGACGGAGCCUGCCUUGUUAUGUAUCUGAAUUCCUCUUGGCCUUUUUCCUACCGACGCGGAGUCACGGGCUUCAUUUUCAUUUCCAGAAGUCGCCCCUGGUGGACAUCCCGGUGCUGCAGUUCUGCUAUGCUUUCAUCCAAAGGCUCCCAGUGACUGCCCUGCAGGCGGACUCUGCUUCUCUGCUGGCCGUGUUGAAGGAGUCAGUGCAGCUGAACCUGGCUCCCCCUGGCCACUUCCUGCUCCUCAGCAUGCUGAAUGACUUUGUCACGAGAACUCCCAACCUGGAAAGCAAGAAGGAUCAGAAAGAUCUGCAGGAAGUCACUCAAAAGAUCCUGGAAGCCUUGGGAAACAUCGCUGGCUCGUCCUUGGAACAAACCAGCUGGCUAAGCAGAAACCUGGAAGUGAAGGCCCAGCCCCAGCUCCCUCUGGAGGGGUCUGAUGCUGAGGACGACCUGAACGAGGCCGCCGCCACGUCAGCCAUGGUGUCCGCGUCCACGCCCUCGGUGUACAGCACGCAGGCCCUCGCCCUCCUGGCGGAGACCCUGGCCUCUCUCCUGGACAUGGUGUACCGAAGCGACGAGAAGGAGAAGGCUGUGCCCUUGGUCUCCCGCUUGCUUUACUACGUUUUUCCUUACUUGCGCAACCACAGGGCCUGCAACAUCCCCAGCUUCCGGGCGGGCUCCCAGCUGCUGAGCUCCCUGAGCGGAUACGCCUACACCAAGCGGGCCUGGAAGAAGGAGGUCCUGGAGCUGUUCCUGGACCCCGGCUUCUUCCGCAUGGACACGUGCUGCUCAGAUUGGAAGGCCAUCAUCGACCAUCUCUUGACCCAUGAGAAAACGACAUUCAAAGACUUAAUGAACAUGCCCAGCAGCUCCUUGAAGCUGUUCUCAGGCGUCUCGCAGAAAGCCAUGCUGCUCAAGCGCCAGGCCUUCGCCGUCUUCAGUGGAGAGCUGGACCAGUACCACCUCUACCUCCCCCUGAUACAAGAACGCCUGGCAGACAAUCUCAGAGUGGGACAGACGUCCAUAGGUGCUGCCCAGAUGUUUCUUUUUUUCAGAGUUCUGCUGCUAAGAAUAUCUCCUCAGCAUUUGACUUCCCUGUGGCCAAUAAUGGUCUCGGAAUUAAUUCAGACGUUCAAACAGCUAGAAAAAGAGCUGAAGGACGCGCUUGACCCAGUGAUAUCUCAGCAUUUCUGCGACCUAGAACACGAUGAGUAUAUAGACCCCCACCUGUACUUGGCAGCUUGCAAGUUCUUGGACACGGCACUGUCUUUUCCACCUGACAAGAUGCCCUUGUUUCAGAUCUACAGGUGGGCGUUUGUUCCGGAGGUGGACACAGAGGACCCACAGUCGGACGUGGAGGAGAAGCAGGAAUGCAUCCCCUACACCGUUCGGAUCCUAGAACUUCUCAAGUUGAAAUACGAGAAAACAAAUGAUUUAGAUGAGAUCGCCACGAAGAGUGAAUUUCCUCUCCUGCGCCAACAGUCUGUUGAAUGCCUGGAAGAACUGAUGCCAUUCUUCGAGACCCUAAACUGUGCUUUUAAGACCCAAAGUAAUACUGACUCCCCAAGAUCCCCACCCUUAGAGUUCCCUGUGGCAGAUAGCCUGAGGGUCUUGAAACUACUGGAAGAGUGUGUUGAACAUGAUUUUUUGGAUCAUCUGGAAAAUUAGCUUCUAAGACUUUCAGCCAGUAAUUGAGACUGCAGCAAAAACCAGGAUACACAGGUGACCCUGAGGGACUUGGACUGGGCUGUGGCGUCCUCGGGCCCUGCGCCACGGACAGCCCUUCCAGGUGGAGGGAGGGCUGUGCCUGGCACUUGGGCUUGGCUGCUGGAGCAGGGGCGGGGUUGGGCCCCUCACCCACCUGGGCCAAGGGUCCGUUGUUUUGUUUCCAGACAGAAAAGGGGCUGGAGGGGGAUUUCAGCAAGUCUAAGUUUUGAAAGUAAAAUUCAAGUAUUUUGUUGGGCCACAAAACACUUCCCUCGAUGCCUUGUAAUAUAUUUGGAUCGGAUUCUAUAUUUCUUGUUCGGUUUAUGUACAGAAAAUAAAAUUAAUAUAUCCCCUG